AUAAAGAUGGGUUCAAAAAGUCAAGGCAUCCCCAGAUAAAAAAAAAUUGGUCGACCCACGAAGAUCGUAUCUCUUCUGUCAGUUCAGUCUGCUCCAUCGUCUGACUCCAUUCUCAAGCCGGUCUCCAGUUUUGAGGGCUAGACAUCUCUUUUUUUGCUGAACAAAAGCCCUUGUCUUCUCAGGGUCCUUGGUUCUCUCGCUUCUUUCUCUUGUGCUUCACUGCUCAAGCUGUUGAAGCUCCGAGGUCUCACCUCUAAAUUCAUACCCUUUCUUUUUUAUAUACCCCAAUUAUAGCGCUUGGGUUGAGAUUUAGUGAGAGACAGUCACAAUGGCAGACUCAAACAUCCACCAUAAUCCAGACCCAGCUCUCGAGCCCUCCCACCAACACCACCACCAACAUCAUCACCACUCUCCCCGCGUCGACGCCCCCGGCCACGAUGAUCCCGUCUACACAACCGGCACCACAGACGCGCCCGGCGUAGUCCCUCCCCAGCGCCACUCCCACGAGAUGGAGAAGGAGAAAACAGGCGUGCAUACUCCUCCUGACUACAGCGACCACGAGAAGCACGAAGCUGGCGUCGUUGACGAAUCCGCCCGCGCAAACUCCCACUCUGAGGGCCCCGCUGUCGUCGGCUGGCGCAGGCGUCUCGGCCCUGUAUAUCGCUACCGCCGCCCUAUAAUCCACCUCUUCAUCUUCUGCCUCUUCACCGGCUGGUGGAUCGCCUCUCUCGUGCUGCACCGCGACGACAAGAACUGGGUUGUCCCGUUCCUCUUGUGGCUCGCCAUCACUCUCCGUCUCAUCUUCUUCCACGUCCCUAGUCGCUAUGUCUCCAACAUCAUCAAGAAGGUCUGGCUCAACACCGCUGUCAGGGUGUACGACCUCAUCCCCGCGCAUCUGCGCACGCUCGCUGGCGCUACCGUCACUGUAGCUGCUAUCCUCAUCGGCGCUUUUGUCUCGGAGGAGGUCGCUGACAAUACCCGUGAGAACCGCGCCGUUAGUCUUUUCGGCAUGGUGGUGUUUUUGUUCAUUCUCUGGGCUACGAGCAAGGAUCGCAAGCGCAUCAACUGGCGCACUGUCAUUGGCGGCAUGCUCACGCAGUAUGUUAUCGGUCUGUUUGUGCUGCGAACGUCGGUCGGAUACGACAUCUUCCGCUUCAUCGCCGACCGCGCUGCUGAUCUUCUGGGCUUUGCUAAAGCUGGUGUUGCGUUCCUGACGAGCGAGGACGUCGCCAACACGGGCAACUUCUUCUUCGGUGUCAUUCCCGCCAUCAUCUUCUUCAUCUCCCUUGUGCAGGUCCUCUACUACAUCGGCUUCGUCCAGUGGUUCAUCGUCAAGUUCGCUACCUUUGUCUUCUGGGGUCUUGGAGUCUCAGGUGCUGAGGCUGUCGUCGCUGCUGCUACACCCUUCAUCGGUCAGGGAGAGUCAGCUAUGCUUGUCCGUCCCUUCGUUCCUCACAUGACCAAGGCCGAGCUUCACCAGAUCAUGACCUGUGGUUUCGCCACCAUCUCUGGAUCUGUGCUUGUCGGCUACAUUGGUCUCGGUCUCAACCGCGAGGCUCUUGUGUCAUCCUGCAUCAUGUCCAUCCCCGCUUCUCUGGCUAUCUCCAAGAUGCGAUAUCCCGAGACUGAGGAGACUCUCACAGCUGGUCGUGUAGUCAUCCCCGAUGAUGAUGAGCACAAGGCCGAGAACGCCCUCCACGCCUUCGCUAACGGUGCUUGGCUCGGAAUCAAGAUCGCCGGUACUAUUGUCUGCUCUCUUCUCUGCAUUAUUGCUCUGGUCGCUUUCAUCAACGGUCUCUUGACCUGGUGGGGACGAUACCUCAACAUCAACGAUCCCACUCCUCUUACUCUCCAGCUCAUUCUCGGAUAUCUUCUCUUCCCCGUGUCUUUCCUCCUCGGUGUAUCCCGCACCAACGGAACCAACAGCACAGGCGACAUCCUCCCCGUCGCCAAGCUCAUUGCCGAGAAGAUCAUCACCAACGAGUACAAGGCCUUCUCUCUCCUCACAAACCCCUCCCCCGAGAACAACGAAUUCUACGGCCUCUCCCCCCGCUCCCAGCUCAUCGCCACCUACGCCCUCUGCGGUUUCGGCAACAUUGGCUCUCUCGGUAUCCAGAUCGGUAUCCUCAGCCAGCUCGCCCCCUCUCGCGGCGGUGAUGUUGCCAAGCUUGCUGUCUCGGCUCUCAUCUCUGGUGUUCUCGCCACUCUCACCUCUGCCAGUGUCGCUGGUCUCGUCGUCACCAAUCAGCUUUCGAGUUUCGGCCAGAACGCUUCCUCAUAGUCGGAUAUGAUGAUGAUGAAAAUGUAAGAGAAUGAGGAAAGAUGUGUGUGUAAGAGAAAAAUGUUUGAAGGGUCGAUGAUUAUGUCGAUAUGCUAUACUACACUAUACUAUUUACAAAUGCUAUAUUGAAGACCACGAGAUGGUACUAAUUCACAUCACUUGUCUACCGUG